CUGAUUUUUCAAAUAACAGAAGUUUCAAGUGCACGCACUUUACAUGUAUUAAAUUUCAAAUUGUCUUGUAAACUGUAUUUCCAAACAAGUAUUUCUGGGCCACCAAAUUAUCAAUUUUCAUCGACGGUAUAAAGUAUAUUGUGUGCGUUCCCUCCGCUACCAGAUACUACACGGAUCAUGUUCAAAUUCUUAGGCAGGACAACUUUGCAUCAUUUAGGCGGAGGAAGUAUUAUACUCCCACGACUAACAUUUACCACAGCGCAGUCUACUGCUCCUCCUAAACCGCAUUUAUUAGCUGAAAACCUUCAUAACCGCACCCUACUGCGCCUUCAUGGAAAGGAUGCCCUUCCAGUCCUGCAAGGCUUGGUGACAAACGAUGUGACGAAAUUACGAAAGGGAUUCCAGUGCCAAUACGCAAUGUUUUUGAAUAAAAGUGGAAAAGCCCUUGCCGAUGCGAUAAUUUAUCGAACGGCCAAUAAAAAUACAUUUCUUCUGGAGUGUGAUCGUAAUCUCAUAAACGAACUAAAGAGGCGAAUUAGAAUGUACAAGCAUCGGGACCAGGAAUUAGACAUAGAAUCUUUGAACGGAGAUUUCGUAAUCUGGGCUGUAUUCAAUGAGUUCAACAACAGCAACAAAUCUCACGAAUCGCUGUCCUUCGCACACUGCAGGAGUGGAGGAUCGGUGGGUCUGAAAAUUAAUUCCGAAGGCCCACCUACGAAAUCUGAUGAGAUCAACGAGGAGAUCCUUUUAUGUCGUGACCCCCGACUGAAAAGCCUGGGAGCACGCGUAAUAGUUCCACAUGAUUUCGCCAUGAAGGACGUUUGCCGACUGUUUCCGAAUUGCAUACUCGAAUCACCCACGAAUAAGAACGACUACAAGCGACUGCGCUACCAGCUUGGCGUCGGCGAGGGUACUGAAGACCAUCCGCCUGGAAAAACCCUCCCCGUUGAAGCUAAUUGUGAUUUUCUGAAUGGAUUCUGUUUCAGCAAGGCAGGAUACAUUGGUCACGAUUCUUCAUCACAAUUGUAUCACGUAAAUAUUAGGAAGCGACUGAUGCCUUUGGUUAUUAAUGGACGUAUAGACUUCACCAACUUGAACAUUCAUUUACCAAAUGGAAGUCACGUCGGGAAGUUGAUAGGACGAAAGGGGCGCAACGGAUUGGCACUUCUGCGAAUAGAGCAAGCUAUGAACGCGCUACGAUUGCUCAUCGAUGGUGUCCCGUGCGAGUUGAAGAAACCUGGAUGGUGGCCAACGGGGGAAAUGAUGCUGGGAAAGGAAGUAAGUCAACAAAGGCAACCUGCUAAGAAGAAAUCUGUUCAAAACUAGCUGUUGAUCGAAAACUUAAAAAGUGCAACUCCUCUAUUUUAAAAUCUGUAUUGUUCUCCUUAGUGAAUUGUUCUAUGAAAUUUUUAGA